UUGUCAAACAGGUUAAUGGCUGAAUAGAACAGUGUCAUUGACUCGUUAAACUCAGUGUAAAAAAAACAAAGUAGGUAUCCAUUAUUAUUCUGUGGUCCCUAAUUGUGGUUCUCCGAUCAAAAUCGACAACGGCGAUAGCUCACGACGUACAUGUGCAAAAAUGAUUAUUUAAGGCAAUUUUUCAAGUAACAAAAUUAAUACGUACCUAUCUAAGGCAGUCAAGCAAAUAAUUUUAUUAGUGUAAUUAUUAUACCAAUAAUUAUACUCCGUCGGUUCCAUCAAUUUUUUCCGUCAUAAUUGUCAAAAUAUGUCUUGUCUAUUUAGGUUAAAUUAAUGUGACAUUUCUGUCUAUUAAGGUUGUGUAAUUUAUAAUAUUUACACGUGUUAGUAAUAUUUCAGUUUUGAUCCUCAAGAAGUAGCCAUGGUCGACAGUAUGAACAUAGACGGUACGAGGAUAUCUUACAUCAUGCAAGAACCCGGUAACUCUAAUGGCAUUUUUUCUAUGCAGAACCCCAUGCCGUGGGACGACGACUCAGGCGCCAAAUUCGUGUGCAGCUUAUGUCACAAGACAUUCUACAAUGCUGUUGCCUUGCAAAACCACAAGAACAUGCAACACGACGGGCAGUGCUCGGGCAGCGACGCCGAGUUCCAGUCGGCCACGGGCCAGGCGCAUAACCAAAGUAUGAGCGGUAUCAGCUGUUACGAUUACAAGUUCUAUCCGUUGAAAAAACCGUACGAUCCAAACGAAGUAAUAAUCCAAAAGGACGGUAUAACGACCAGAACAUUUUCCGAAGACACCACGUUCCUCAUAGUGAAGGUAGAGGGAGUUAGCAUCGACGACAAGAGGCGACGACUCGAGGGUGUGGUCAAAAGAGCUAGGAUGAAGCCGGUCAAGCAGACUGUCGACUUGAGGGGUCCCUUCACGUGCACCUUGCCAUCUACGUUGCGGCCUGACAUGCAAUGUCACCAGGUGUUCUUCAACUGCUGUCAAUACUCCCUUCACUACCGAGAGGAACACACCAAGCGACGAAAGGCCGCGUUACGCUGCCAGAUAUGCGAGAAACGAUUGGACGAAGACUUUUAUCUAGGCUUGAGGGCGCCGACUCGUGCGACGUUUUCCUGUCGGCUGUGUAAUAUGACGUUUCAUGACAGUUUGGACUAUGAUGAACACAACAGCUCCGUUCACGCUAAAGUCAAGCCUCACCAAUGUUCGCUCUGCGCGAAGCGCUUCACGCAGCAAGGCGGCCUACAACAACAUAUGCGAAUGCACAGCGGCAUACGCCCAUUCGCCUGCACCUUCUGCCCUAAAGCUUUCACCCAAAGGGCCGGCUUGGAUCAGCAUCUACGCAUCCACACUAAAAUAAAGCCGUUCAAAUGCGUUAUUUGUCACAAGUGCUUCUCUCAAUCCGUACAUCUGCGGCAGCAUAUGCGCACACACACUAACAUUCAGCCAUUCGAGUGUUCGGUUUGCGGGCGGCGGUUCAAGCAGACGAGUCACUUAAAUUUCCACAUGCGUUCGCACGCGAACGAGUGUCAGGCGGGGGUGAUGGAGAAGCUGGAGCAGUUGGCGCUGCACGGGCAGGCGUCGCCGCUGAGCUUGGCGCGGCUGCAGCCCGUGCGGGACGGAGACACGCUGUACUACGCCGCCGAGCUGGCAACGCCGGACUCUCACUACUACCAGCAGGUUGCCGAGGCCGGAACUUACCUACAUGCUUGAGGUAGACUUCCAUAAAACUGCUUUUGCUUAAGCUAGGUCGUAAUGUCCUUAUUUUGUGUAGUCGUCUGAUAUGUCUUGCAAUAACACGUUUUUAUUGCUUCAAUGCAAGUAACUGUAACAGUGCACGUAGCUUUUGAAUUUUGUAGAUUACUAGUAAACGCUAAAACUUACAAUUACUAGUAAAUAACGAAUAUGGAAAACUUCAUUUCGUAAAUAAAUUGAUAAAAUAAAUUUACAAAGAAAUAUGUUCGUGAAAACCAUACUGUUCUUGAUGGGAAAUUAAAAUUAUAUUUUAUAGAUUCUUCUGUAUCAUCAUGUCAGCUUGACAAUGUACUCGUAAUUAUAUGAAAGAGGUAAACACAAAUUUUAAUAGUUUUAAUAUACUCUGGCAAGCCCACUUUGUCAGUAGAAAAAGGUGAGUUAUUCAAAAUUUUACAAAGACCGAUCCUGCGCACUUACAUUUUUCAAAAAUUGCAAAGCUGGCCUCCCUGAGUAUAUUUUAGGAGCUUAAGUAAUAAAACUAAUAAACAUAUCUCAUACUAUUCAAUUUCCUCAGCCUGACCAUACCUUCACUUUACAACAUACGUUUAAAGAUCACAUAUUAGCAAAAUAAAAAACAGUUUAGCCGUAACUUGAAA